UUCUUUCUUAUAGUUCAGCUUAUUUAUAGAAAAAGUGGACAACAGACAGUCUUUAGCCUUACUUCUCCCAGCUCCCGGGUCUGGCUUCUAUUCCCCAAACUUUGGAUCCUUUAUUGUCCCUCAUCUGGAAUCUCUACUGGCUACCUUUGGUCUUGCCCUCUUCAGGUCUUUGCUGAAAUGUCACUUCCUCUGGGAGAAUCCACCUCACUCCCCACCCCUCACUGCUGGCAAGUGCUGGGAAUUGAACCCUGGACCUGGCCUAUGCUAGGAUCCAAUUCAGAAUAUUGAAUUUCCACCCGAGUCUGAUUCUGAGAAUGGCGGAGCUUGGGGAGGCGGACGAAGCGGAGUUACAGCGCCUGGUGGCCGCUGAACAGCAGAAAGCGCAGUUCACUGCACAGGUGCACCACUUCAUGGAGCUAUGUUGGGAUAAAUGUGUGGAGAAGCCAGGGAAUCGCCUAGACUCUCGAACUGAAAAUUGUCUCUCUAGCUGUGUGGACCGCUUCAUUGACACUACUCUUGCCAUCACCAGUCGGUUUGCCCAGAUUGUACAGAAAGGAGGGCAGUAGGCCACCCCUUAAGAAAAUGACAAAAGCAGUGGACUUGUUAUUAAGCAGAUUGAAGUGCAAGUGGGGGAGGAAUUGUCAACUGAUUGUCAAGUCAGCAUCAGGCUGUUACCAAGUUUGUUGGUGCUAAAAAGUAACAGAUCGAAUGUUCAAAAAGUGAAAUUUUAUUUAUUUGGAAUUCAGAAAUUCCAGGUUGUAUCACACCAGUUAUUCAAUAAACAUGAAUUCUCCAACUUAAAAAAAAAAAAAAAAAAGAAUAUUGAAUUUCCUUUAGCUAAGUAUGUUUGAUGUUACUGAAAGUGGAGUUUAUAAAAUUAUCCUUUCCUAAUUGUUAUUCCUAAGAUAAUGGAAUAAAAUUGAUUUGGGUUUAUUGAGACUGUAUGCUAUGGCCUAGCUAAAUUAAUUGAUUGGCUGUGGAAAUUUUGGAGAGUUCUUUAGACUUUUCUAUACAAAUACUUGUGUUUCCUGCAAAUAAGGACAGGUUUACUUCUUUCCUUUUUAUUUAUAAGAAAUUAUUUCAUUUUUUUUUCUGUUGUACUGGCUAUGUCAUCCUCAAUAAUGUAAAUAAAAAUGGUGAGAUCUGACACCUUAUUUUGUUGUGAAUUCCAAAAAAAUAAAAAAAAAGUGUUGAGCCUUUGAUCAUUGA